UUCUCACACCAUUCCUCUUUCAUUACAAUCUAAAAUAGUAAUAACACUGCACACACAUUAUAUCUAUACAUAUAUCAUAUCCUCUCAAUUAAAAUUAAUCUACACACAUACGGUAAUGGCGGAAGAAGUGAUUGUUGAGGAAUUUAAUCCUGAUGUCAAACGUGGUGAUUUUCCACAUAAUUUCAUGUUUGGAGUAGGAACAGCUGCUUAUCAAGUUGAAGGUGCUUGGAAUGCUUGUGGUAAAGGUCUGAGUAUUUGGGAUACGUUUGCUCUAAGAAACCCAGGAAAAAUUUCGGACGGUUCAAAUGCAUGUGUUACUGUUGAUAAUUACUCAAGAAUGAAGGAAGAUGUUCAGUUGUUGAAGAAAAUGGGUGUCAACUAUUACAGAUUCUCCAUAUCAUGGUCCAGGAUCUUACCAGGAGGGAAAGUGGGAAUGGGGAAAAAUGUGGAAGGGAUAAACUACUACAACAGGUUAAUAGAUGAGUUGAAAGCCAAUCACAUCGAGCCGUUUGUCAGCCUCUUCCACUGGGAUCUUCCUAAUGCUUUGGAACAAGAAUACAUGGGUUUCUUGAGCCCUCUGAUCGUUGAUGAUUUCAAGAACUAUGCGGAAGUGUGCUUUUGGGAAUUUGGAGAUCGGGUGAAGCACUGGGUGACAUUGAACGAGCCAUACCAAUUCACCUUUGACGGGUAUGUCCAAGGUAUUAUGGCACCUGGCAGGGGCGCUACGGAUGAAGCCGGAGAUCCCGAAAUUGAACCAUAUUCUGUAGCAUACAACCUGCUCAAUUGUCAUGCUGCUGCUUACCGAUUAUACCAAGAAAAAUUUAAGGAUGCUCAAAAAGGUGUUGUGGGAAUAACUCUGAAUGUCAACUAUUACAAGCCGUCCGAUCCGACUAAGGCGGAGGAUAAAAAAGCAGUCGAGUAUGCCUAUGAUUUCACGCUUGGAUGGUUUUUGGAGCCAUUAAGAAGCGGUGAUUGGCCAGAAAAUAUGAAAAAAUUCGCCACUCUUCCUACAGCCAAAAAACCCAAGGGUCGAGUUUUGCCUCAUUUCCUGGAGGAUCAACGUCACAAGUUGAUUCAUUCGUAUGAUUUUCUGGGAAUAAACUACUACACUGCUGCAUAUGCUCGAAAACCAGAUCAAAAUCCUCUUAAACCUAUAGAUCCAGGAUAUGCCACGGAUUGUCAGUAUCAGGCUAAAGGUGAAAACGCCCAGGGUGACAUCGGAGAAAAGGCUUUUCGGACGUCAUGGGUUUAUCUAUGUGCCGACGAACUUGCUGAGCUCUUGCUAUACGUUAAGCAAACGUAUAAUGUUCAGAAAUACUUUGUAAUAACUGAAAAUGGAGCACCAGAAGAGAAUGAUCACACAAAAACUUAUGAACAAGUCAAAGAUGAUAAGUAUCGACUUAAAUACCUCAAAAAGCAUCUUCAAGCCAUUAAAAAGGCAAACUGUAAGGGAGUUAAUGUGAUGGGGUACUUCGCGUGGUCAUUUAUGGAUAGCUAUGAAUGGCAUUCCGGGUAUAGUACACGAUUCGGUAUGAUAUAUGUUGAUUACAACAACAAUCUUCAAAGGUACCCAAAAAAUUCGGCAAUUUGGUUCAAGAAGUUCCUUUCCGAAAAGCUAAUUCUAGGAAAAUCUUCUCUGAAAAGAACCUUAAUCGAUGAUCAUGAGGAGGAACAAUUUGAAAAUGGUCAAAUGAAUGGUACGACGACAAUGGAAGAAGAAGCAUUUGAUAAUGUGGAAGAACAGGAAAAUGAUGUGGUUCGGAAACUGAAGAUGGCAAAAGCAUAAUAAAGAACAACGUUUGUUCCUGGUCUACUAUAUAUGUAUGUGUGUUUACUUUUCUGUGAUUUAUUAUGUGUGUUGAGAGCAUAUGGGGACUUCAACUUAUUAUGCUUAAAUAAAUCCCCAAGUUGUGCUCCUUUAUUAAAUAAAAAAAGUAGUGUACGUGUUCUUGAUA